GCGUCCGUGCGUAUAAUAGCGAGCAUCCACCCGCACCGCCUCCCUCGUGUUCCCCCAUCCCCACUGACGCCUCCUCCGCACGAAACACCGGCGCCGCACUCAUCGGAGAGGAGGAAGCUCCCGCCCCGGCUCGAUCCGAUGGCCAACAGCAACCUUCCUCGACGAAUCAUCAAGGAGACGCAGAGACUUCUCAGCGAGCCAGCACCGGGGAUCAGCGCUUCGCCCUCGGAGGAGAACAUGCGGUACUUCAACGUCAUGAUCCUUGGUCCGGCGCAGUCACCCUACGAAGGGGGAGUUUUUAAGCUGGAACUCUUUUUACCCGAGGAAUAUCCGAUGGCUGCCCCAAAGGUUAGGUUUCUGACCAAAAUAUACCAUCCCAACAUUGACAAGCUUGGUAGGAUAUGCCUUGACAUUCUCAAGGAUAAAUGGAGUCCGGCUCUUCAGAUUCGAACAGUUCUUUUGAGUAUCCAGGCACUCCUAAGUGCACCAAAUCCAGAUGACCCUCUCUCUGAAAACAUUGCUAAGCACUGGAAGUCCAAUGAGGCAGAAGCUGUUGAAACAGCGAAGGAGUGGACUCGUCUGUAUGCCAGUGGUGCAUGACAACCCCAUGCCGCUCUCGAUGUAAUAAUCCAUCAUACUUUAGCCAGCAAUCAAGUGCCAUUUUGUUGAUAAGAACAAACUGGAGAUGUUUGCGCUGGAAGGGAGUAUCUGAAUGACUAGUGCUCGAGCUAUUUGGUUGGUUGUAACACCUGUGUUGGUUGGUUCCCUUCACCCUGGGGCACCUUCUGACUGAUCUGUAUCUGAUAGAACUUUCUAUGCUCCUCCACUACAAUACCCUUGUGUAGGAGAAGUUAACAAGUGUCCACAUUGUUGAAAUUGAAGCUGGCUUGCUAAUUUGUUCUUGCUCUUGUAGUUUGGGAGUUUGAAUACUCAGGGUUGGAUCUGAUACGCCCGAAUAUUUUCUCA